AUGUCCAAUGCUCCCCAUGUCCAAUGCUCCCCAUGUCCAAUGCGCAGCAACCCGUGUGUCCUCCCCACGUUUGUUCCGCGCCUGUUUGAGGAAAAUGCGUGCCGCUUUGAGAGUGACCCCUGCCAGCAUUGCCACCCUGCCAGCAUUGCCACCCCUGCCAGUGCUGUAUCGCGGGAAGCCGAGGAAGCCGAGGGCCACCAGCAGUGGGAGAUGGAGGAAAGUGGCAUGGAUUGGGGCAUGGCACGUCGGCCUGCUGCUGCCGGUCCCUGCCUCGCUCCCUCCCUCACCGUCGCUGCUGCUGAUGCACGCGCCAGGAGGGCGACGAGUCGUGCAGGCAGAGUAGCAGGCGAGAUGCUCCGGGAUGGAACAACACUGGCUGAGGGGGAAGAGAGAAAGGGCGUGCAGAUGGGCAAGGAGACAGGGGAAUCAAAAAGGGACACAGGGGUGCAGAGAGGUUAA